ACUAUAUAUAAAUGACGCUGCUCUUGGCUUAUUUCUCAUUCAAACUACGUCUUUAAUUACCACUAUAAACAUCUCUAGAAGAAGAAAAAUUCUAUAGGGUGAAAAAAAAAAUCUGAGCGUGUAAGCAACAUGACAACUCGGCAAGAAAAGCGUGAAGAGCUUGAUGAGAGGGCAAAGGAAGAUGAAACCGUGGUUCCUGAUGGUACUGGUGGCAAGAAUCUAGAAGCUCAAGAGCACCUUGCUGAAGGAAGGAGCAGAGGAGGCCAAACUAGAAAGGAGCAGCUGGGAUCAGAAGGAUAUCAUGAGAUGGGUACAAAAGGAGGACAGACUAAGAAGGAACAGAUAGAGACUGCGGGUUACCACGAAAUGGAACGUAAAGGAGGCCUCUCUACCAUGGAUAAGUCCGGCGGAGAGCAUGCUGCUGAGGAAGGCAUCGAUAUUAAUGAAUCCAAGUUUACCAACGAAGAAAAAUAGAUGUUAUGAAGUUGUUGCCUUGAUGCAUGUUCUCAUGCUUAGUUGCUAAUAAUGUCGUUGUUCUCAUACUUAGUUCCUCGUACUAUCGUUGUUAGGAUUUAUAUGUUGUUUUAUGUCUAUUGUUUGUGUCAGUUUAUCUUCGUUGUCCUUCUACUUAGUUGCUAAUAACGUGAUUUGCUAGGAUUUAUAUGUUGUUGUUUUGUGUGUAUUGUUUAUGUCUCUUUCUCUAUAAAGACAGAUGCUAUAAAGUUGUUUUGACUGUUAUUUUC